AUGCCACCAAAAAAGAAGGUCGUAGAUGAGAAACCCAUCUUAUUGGGACGUCCCGGUAACAACUUGAAGUCCGGGAUUGUGGGGUUAGCCAAUGUUGGUAAAUCCACCUUUUUCCAAGCCAUUACCAGAUGUCCAUUAGGAAAUCCAGCCAACUAUCCAUUCGCCACCAUUGAUCCGGAAGAAGCCCGAGUGAUUGUUCCAUCUGCCAGAUUCGAGAAGCUUUGUGAAAUGUACAAGCCCAAGAGUGAAGUUCCAGCCUUCCUUACACUUUACGACAUUGCCGGAUUAACUAAAGGUGCUCAUAAGGGUGAAGGUUUAGGAAACAAUUUCUUGGCCAACAUUAGAGCUGUUGAUUCUAUUUUCCAAGUCGUGCGUUGUUUUGAAGACUCCGAUAUCAUCCACAUCAAUGACGAGGUCAACCCUGUUGCCGACUUGGAGAUCAUCAAGGACGAAUUGAGAUUAAAGGACAUUGAGUUUGCCCAAAAGCAUUUGGAAGGUUUGGAAAAGAUCACCAAGAGAGGAGGUCAAUCUUUGGAAGUCAAGAAGGCCAAGGAAGAAGUGUUAUUGGUUCAAAGAAUCAUUGACAUGUUGGAAGAAGGUAAGAGAAUUGCCAACCAAACUUGGACCAUGAAGGAAGUGGAAACCAUUAACACGAUGCUUUUAUUGACAGCUAAGCCUUGUAUCUAUUUGUUGAAUUUAUCCGAAAAGGAUUACAUCAGAAAGAAGAACAAGUGGUUGGGUAAGAUCAAGGAAUGGGUCGACGCAAACUCUCCUGGUGAUGUCAUCAUUCCUAUCUCCGUCUGUUUGGAAGAAAAGUUGUCUCAUAUGGAAACCGAUGAUGAAAGAGAAGCCUACUGUAAGGAGAUUGGUGUCCAAUCAGCUUUGCCCAAGAUCAUCACCACCAUGAGAGCCAAGUUGGAUUUGAUUUCCUUCUUCACCUCUGGUGCUGAUGAAGUUAGAGAAUGGACCAUCAGAAAAUGGUACACUGCUCCUCAAGCUGCCGGAACAAUCCAUACAGAUUUGGAAAGAACCUUUAUCUUGGCCGAAGUUAUGAAGUUUGACGAUUUGGUUGAAUAUGGCGAUGAAAAGUCUGUCAAGGCCGCAGGUAAAAUGAUGCAAAAGGGUAAGGAUUAUUACGUUGAAGAUGGUGAUAUCUUGUACGUUAGAGCUGCCGAAGGGCCAGACAUGAAGGAGCCAUCGAUCGAGUCUAUGGAUGAUCGAAUAGCAGAGUCCAAGUUUGAUCCAGCCAGUUUCAAGCGUAUUGAUCUUCGGACACGCAGGAAGCUCCACUACUCCAAUUAUGUUAGUGACUAUUACCUAGGUUUCAAGUCGACUGUUCGGGACAUGGAAGAGCUUCGAAAGAAACCCUUGGAUGAAAAGUGUCAGGAAUUUUUUGAGGAUUUCGAUAAGAAGUAUCCUCAGUUUGAAUAUACCAUACCGAGAGAUUGGAUGUUCGAUAAGGGAGUGUCCAAGAAGAAGACCUUCUUUGACAUUGAAUACAAUCGUAUGAGAUUGGAGAACGAUGGAAUUGAGUUGGAACGAACAACUGAGCUCAAUCACCUGAUAAGGGAAAAGUAUGACAAACGAGUUGAAGAUACUUACCAGGCCACCAAAGAGAUGGCAGAAAUGUCAACUUUAAUGAGGGCAUAUGGGAAAUGCUUUAUUAACACUAACGGAAAACUGAUGAAUGAUAAGCAGAAAUCCCUUUAUGAUCACAUGACCCUGAAGCUCUUUCCCUAUUUCAAUGGUCUAGAUCUUGUUAGCUAUGAGACCAUUGACAAUUCCAGUCAGUUGAUCCCAUUAGAUGGUUAUCCUGUUUAUGGAGGUGCCGGAGAAAUUAUCACCACCAUUCCUAAAGGGAAGAAUAAUGAAAAUAUAAUGGAGACAAUCCUAAACAAUACCAACGGGAAGGGUAUAGCCAUUGUUGCAUCCAACAGACACGGACGAGACAUUAUCAAAUUGUUGAGGGUUCUUCGGGCUAUGAACAACACCCUUCCUAUCGAGAUCAUCUAUAACAACGACAUAACCCAAAGAGUCAAGAACAAUAUCAUUGCUUCGGCCACGGUUGGGCCAAACUUGCUAUUAGACCCGAAUAAGUCAGGCUCGUAUAUCAGUGUCUACCCUGAUCUUGACCUCCUCAAAGCCAGUAAGGAGUUCGGGUCUCAGUUCCCUAUACAAAAAGUCACCUUUGUUGGGUACAGAGAGGCCAUUAGACAUUCGUACCGAGCCAAGUUUAAAGGCUAUUACAGCAAAAUCAUUGGUCUCUUGUUCACCACGUUUAAGGAAGUGGUUCUCAUAGAUGCUGAUACCAUCCCAUUCGUUGAUAUGAAGGACUUGUUUGAACUUGAAGACUAUAAGCAAACCGGAUCAUUGUUUUUCCGAGAUCGAGCUCUACGUGAUACCAACGACUUUAUAGAAACCAACUUCUUCGCCUCGUUGUUCCCCACCAAAGACCAGGACUCCUUGGAGCAGUUGUUGGAGAUCCCCACAGUCACCAACAAGACUUUGGCCAACACCUAUAUGACAGGAUAUAGACACCAGCAGGAGGCCGGAAUGGUCAUCAUGGACAGAGUGAAGCAUUUCAAGGGCAUCUUGAUGAUGCCUACGAUCGCCCUAACGGGUGAAGCCAUCCGUCUGUCUAUCUGGGGUGAGAAGGAGAUUUAUUGGCUUGGACUCUCAAUGGCUGGAGACGAGGCGUAUGCCUUCAACAAAUAUGCUGCUGCUUCUAUUGGGUCGUUAUCAAGCAAUGACCAUACUUAUUAUCCUAAAGAUCCACAAAUACAUGAAGUAUGCCUGUCUCAUCCAGGUCACAUCUAUAAGGACGGGAGACUUUUGUGGAUCAACUCAGGGUUCAGUUAUUGUAAGAAGAAUGGGUCUCUCAGAGACUCCAAGAUCUUCCCCUUGAACACCAUUGAUCCUGCCACGGUGGUGAAUCUUUAUAGUUCACCAGUUAAGAUCAGCCAUGGAGUGGUUCCACCUGAUUUGCCCCCACUAAGACUGAGUGACGGACAACAUCAUAUCGAUUAUAACCAUGAAGAGACCUUCAUUCAGUCGUGGACCCACAGAGCGAAGGACAUAGACGAGGUGGACGACACCGACAAAACACCCCGAAUCAGCGAUUGGAUCCCUCAAAAGGGCUGGAUCAAAAGUCCAAUGUGUUCAGGCUAUUACUAUUGUGCUUAUGACCAAAUAGCGAGCUAUUCCAACGAUAACACAAGAGAUCAAGGUGCCUAUUUUGAGUUUCCCCAGGAGAAAGUCGACCUCUAUGACUUUCUAGGUAAACUAUGGAUGACCGGUGAUGCUAGAUUAACUUAG